CCGUGCGCGCGUGUGAGAGACAAGCGGAGAUGGAAAAGCGAGGAAAUAUCCGGCGUCUCAACCGGGUGGUGCUUGUACCAGGUCCGUUUCAAGGCCACAUAAACCCAAUGCUUCAGUUGGGAAGCAUCCUCCACUCCAAUGGCUUCUCCAUCACCGUCGUUCACGCCCAAUACAACUCCCCCAAACCUUCCAGCCACCCGGAUUUCAGCUUUCUCCCCUUACCAGAUACCUCAUCAUCGGCCGCCACCACUGGCGAGAUCAUAGAUUUUGCAUUGCAGCUUAAUACAGAUUGCAAAGCUCGUUUCCAGGAAUGCUUGGCUCAAGUGAUGAGGCAACUGGGACCGUACGAUGGAAUCGCCUGCAUCAUCUACGAUCAGCUCAUGUACUUCUCCGAAGCAGCUGCAAAGGAUCUGAAGCUUCCAUGCAUUAUCUUUCGAUUAGGUAGUGCUGCCGUUUCUCUUGCUCGUGAUGCCCUUUUCCAACUGAAGGCAGAAGGCCACAUUCCCUUCCCAGAAUCUAGGUCGAACGAUUCAAUUUUGGAGCUUUAUCCACUCAGAUUCAAGGAUCUACCUAUAUUUUCGGAAAAAUUAGAGAACUUUUUGCAACUAUUGAGUAAUACUAAUAACAUUAGAACAUCUUCUGCCAUCAUUUAUGAUACAGUUGAUUGCCUUGAAAAUUCGUUAUUGGCAAAGAUCCAACAGCAAUGUCAAGUUCCUACCUUCCCAAUCGGCCCAUUGCAUAGAAUUUCUUCAGCCUCCUCUAGUAGCUUAUUGGAAGAGGACACUAGUUGCUUGGCAUGGCUUGAUAAGCAAAGUUGUAACUCAGUUAUUUAUGUAAGCUUAGGAAGCAUAGCAUCCAUGGACGUCGACGAGCUUGUUGAGAUGGGUUGGGGGCUAGUGAACAGCCAACAACCUUUCUUGUGGGUGGUUCGGUCGGGCUCAACUCUUGAUGCACAAUGGAUUGAGGUGCUGCCCCAAGGUUUAAAAAAAAACAUUGAUGAGAGGGGUUAUAUUGUGAAAUGGGCACCCCAAAAAGAAGUUUUGGCACAUGGUGCGGUAGGAGGAUUUUUGAGCCAUUGUGGAUGGAAUUCAACACUUGAGAGUAUUUGUGAAGGAGUUCCAAUGAUAUGCAGACCAUGUUUCGGGGACCAAAAAGUGAAUGCAAGAUAUGUUAACCAUGUAUGGAGGGUAGGCCUAGAAUUGGAAGGUGAUCUGAAGAGAGGUGAGAUAGAAAAAGCUGUAAAAAAACUUAUGAUCGAUGAAGAAGGGGAGGCCAUGAGGGAAAAUGCUAAGAAAUUGAAGGAGAAUGUUAAACUUUGCAUUAAAGAAGGUGGUUCUUCUUACAAUUCCAUAAAUAGACUAGUGGAGAUGAUUAGGUCGUUUUAAUAUGACUAUAUA